UUUGGAAUAGCUUUUAUAUUUAUAAUUUUUAUCACUACUGGUUGUAUAAAGUUAAUUUGUCGUCUAAAUGGGCAAAAGCGGGGAGUCCGUAACCGAUACAAGCGGAGACACGCUUCUUACUAUUAGUGGAUUGGGUGAAACUGGGAGUGAUGACGUCACAGAUGGGUUGACCGACUUAUCUUUUGGAGAUCAUGAAUUCCAUAAAGGCAAAAAGAAAGCUCUUCACAGUGAAUUCGAGCGAAAGAAGUUGCUUCAUGACCUACAGUUGGUAAAGAUUGAAUUAUCACAGAAGUCGUUGCUGGUCGAUAAUUUAAAAGCACAGAAUAUGAGGCAAGUUGAAGAAUUGGAGGAACGACUGGAAGAUGCUUUGCAUAAGAAACAAAUGUUAAAAGCAAGGUUGGAAAGCGCACUUGCAAUUCAAGAAGAUGAUUCAAAGAAAAGACAAAUUCAAACUCAGAAAGAACUCAAAAUUAUAUUGCAAAGACAACGUGAACUAGAACAAACAAAUCGACAUCUUGAGGCAAAAGCAUCGAACAUACGAAGCCAGUUACAGCAAGGAUAUCAAAUAACUGAAGAUAUUUAUGUUGAGAUGAAAGCACGACCUGUAGAAGAACUCACUAUCUCUGAGUAUUUCUCAUUAAGAACAUAUGAAGCUCUUCAACCCCUUAAGAUCGAAUGCAACAACCUUCAGUUACAACGAGACAAGCUAUCCCAUGACGUCACACAAUUGUCACAUGGUCUAAACAUGACUAAGCAAGAACUUGUACAGGAACAACACCAACGUUCCCAGUGCGAUGUUAAAGUGAAUGAAUUAACAUUAGAGCUACAACGCACUAAACAACAACUUGCUGAAAAUCGAAAUAAAUCAGAGAAUUAUGAUUCGGUAAAAGAAGAAAGGACAAGAUUUGAGAGUAACUACCAUACCCUGAUGCACAAACACUCAUACCUGGAAGCUGAACAUAAAUCUGUUUGUCAACAACUUGAAGAAGUGAAGAAAGAACAAAACCAUUCAAUUCAAUCAACACAACUAUUAAAACAGGACAAGGAAUAUUUGACGCGCAACUUAUCCGAGUGCAGCAUCAAGCUUGAGCGAUGUGAAGAUACGCUACAACGCACACAGAGAGAGUUGGAGCAAGCUAAAGUAUCACGGGAGGAAUUAUAUGAGAAGUAUGCAGCUUCACGAGAUGAAUCACGUGUUGUUUAUGAAAGAAGGUUGCAAACCGAACUGGAUAGAAUAAGGCUUCAAACCGAGAACGAACUUGAGAAAUUACGAAGCGACACAAAACAUUCGUUCGAACGCGAAAAUCGAAGUUUGAAAGAAGGCAAGGAAGCUGUGGAACAUGAUAGAGACCAGAUAAUGAAACAACGCGACGAAGCCGAACAUCGUUGCUCCCUACUCACCGAGGAACUACGCCAUCUAGAGGCCACCAUCGACUCACGAUUAUCUGAAUUUCAAAACGAGGCGCGCGUAAAGACGUUCGAACUCGAUCGACUACAGUUAAUCCAUGAGGAGACAUGCACCAACCUUGAGCGGACUCGCAACAAUUACGAGAAAGCUGCAAAAAAGUUGGAAAUCUUCGCCUCAGAUUAUUCCGAUCUACAAAAGAAAUCCACGGAGAGAGAAAUGGAGAUGAAAUCUGCGUUACAAGAUGCCAGGACAAGGUUGGCCGCAUAUGAACAUAUGGAGCAGGAAAUGGACGACAUCGUACUACAAGCAGCUGAAGUUGAGGACGACAAGGAAUCGGAACGUGUGUUGUUUUCCUAUGGGUUUGGUGCAAAUGUACCGACGUCAUCCAAACAUCGAAUGAAACAAAGCGUUCAACUGGCCAGGAGAGUUUUACGUUUGGAGAAAAUCAACACAAGUUUACAAUCGGAUAUUCAAAGGAGAGAAGAAGAAACUAAGCAGAUGGCGAUAAAAUUAUCGAACUCGAAUCGUUUACUUGAGGAAAGCAAGCAACCUUACAGUUUCCUCAUUGAGAGCAUGAGGAGAAGAGAUGAGGAGGUGGAGGAGCAUAGGAGGAGCCUAUAUAACAUGGAGGAGCAUGUUAAGAUGCUAGAGGAUAAGAAUUUACAGUUGAGCAAAAAGAACCAACUCAUGUCAAGCGAUUUAGACCGAUUACUUGGCCACCAACAAGAACUAACGAUAAUGAAGCGUGUGAUUGCUAACAUGGGGUCUCCCAGGCAGGGAGAGGUUCCCAUUAACUUGGUUGAACAAUUAGACACACCUAAAUAUAAAGCAGAUCUCCUUGCAAGUGGAGACUCGCCGAGACAGAAGCAGAAAUCCGACGGUCAACGUUUUCCAAAGCCCAUUGUGUUUACGAAGAAGGAAAAUAUGAGUUUUAACCCUGAGAGGUACAGGAAGAUGAGGGAGUUAAUGUAGAGGUGGUGGCUUAUGAUGGGUGUUAGAGUGAUAAGGCAAUUCUGGCUUAUAUCUCUUGUAUGCAUUUACAUUGUUGGGGUAAUGGGCCAACUCUGGUAUAAAUCCCAGGUCCCAUGGCAUGCCUCACUGUAGGGCUUCACCCAUAUAGAUUAGAAUGUGAAUAUUUAAUGUUGGGGUAAUGGGCCAGGUAUAGCCAAAAUCUCAUACCUUGGUGUUAGACAGCUUCUUUCGAAUGCCCUACAAAGUUACUGAUGUAAUGGGACACUCUACUAAUUUCCAGCUUCCAUGGCAUGAUUCACUGUAGGAUCCCACCCAUAUAGAAUAGAAUGUGCAUAUACAAUGUUGGGGUAAUGGGCCAACUCUAGUAUAAAUCCCAGGUCCCAUGGCGUGCUUCACUGUAGGAUCCCACCCAUAUAGAAUAGAAUGUGUGUAAUCAAAAAGUGUCUCAUUUUUAAUGCAGUAAUAAUGUUUACAAACAAAUCACCUAUAAACCAGCAACAAUAUAUUGUAUUUGGUUAGUUUGCAGCGUAAAAUAAAAUAUAUU